CUAAAAAAAAGCAAUAUAUAUUAUAAAUGGCGUUACUCCAAAGCUAACAAGCUAAUCUAGUUAUUUCAAGAACGAGCGGGUCCUUCGUAACACCACCACCUCCGCCGCCUUGCGCUGCGACACUCUCUUCGCCGGUAUGGAGGAGCAGUUUAUACUUAGAGUUCCACCUUCUGUUGCCGAGAGGAUAGAACGCCUUUUGAGUGAAAAUGCUUCUUCUUCUGAAGACAAGUCUUUGGAUUUGUCUUUCUCUGAUGAUGGGAGGAGUGGCACAUUUUCCAUAGGCAAUGAUCAGUUUCCUGCAUCACUGUUGGAUCUUCCUGGCAUUGUGGAAUCAUACAAAACUUAUGAUGAUAGCGUGCUAAUCAAAAGCGCAGACAUUGGUCAAAUGAUUAUGGUUAGAGAAGAGGGUGAUUCUGCUCCAGAUACAGUGGAGUACCGGCAUGGUCUCACCCCUCCUAUGCGAGAUGCUCGAAGAAGGAGAUUCCGUAGAGAGCCAGAUCUAAAUCCUGAACUUGUGAAGCGAGUAGAGAAAGAUCUGCUAAAAAUUAUGGCUGGUGGAACUGCUGAUGUGGAAGUUGUUGAGCAAGAUGAAGGUGGCCGCAACACAGGCAAGAAGGCUGCACCUGUACCUGCUCCGAAGCCUGAUCUUUCAGAGGCUGCAAAUGUCGAGGAACAGGAAAGAAGUGAUUCUGAUGAGUCUGGCUGAUCUGGUAUGGACUAAUACACUGCAUAAUAUAGUUCAUCCAUGUAUAGCACCGGUAAGCUCUAAGCUUACAUAUGACUACAUCUGUAGUAAUGGAUGAGCAUCCAAUGUCGGUGGCACUUUAUAAAUAUUACUUUGUCGUUAAUUGUGACUGCGGUUCAUAUACCUGUAUAAAUUCUUUUAUGUCGAGUACAUUGAGAUUUUUGAUUGCCUAGUCGAUAUAUCUAUUCUUAAUCAGGUGGCUUCAUCA